AUGAUGGCGGUGGCGUUUUCGCCACGUGCGAUAGCAGCAGGCGGCGACACACCGUUCUUCGAUCUCACACGCUACAAUGAUUUCCCAGAUUUCCCAGAAUUCGAGGACUACGUACGAGGAGUGGCCAAAAUGAAUCCGGAAUUUGUCUCAUUACGGCUUAUUGGCCAAAGUCGUGAGGGUCGUCCACUGCUUGGUCUUAAGGUGAAUCCGCAGAAUCCACGGCGCCGAUUAGCCAUGUGCUAUCGUCACCGUGGUGACUGA